AUGAUUCAAAACAUGGCCUAUGGAGAGAGGCUCAAUGCAAAGCAGAUCCAAGAGCGUCUUGCUGCUUGUGGCAAGGACAUGAGCCUGACGACGAUCAGGCACUACACCAACAAGUUCAAUCCUGAAGAGCACACUUUAGAGCUCAGGCGGAAGCUUGUGGACCAUGGACUAUCGCCUCCUCCUAAGAAAAUCAAGUGGAAUGAUGGAGAGAGCAUAGUCAAGAGGAUCAUUGACGUAGGUUUCUUUAAAAACGAAGAACUUGCGACAAUCUUGGGGACUUCUAAACGGACUAUUGAGCGAAUUGCUGCAGAGAAUACUGAGAGUGAAUCUGACGAAGCGGCUGGAAGAGAAGAGGCACUAUCCAGAUCUCCCCUAAAGCAUUGAAGUGAUGAAGACUUUGCUGAGGUCAUUAAGGAAUGUGAGAAGGAUACAGGCUUUGUCAGCAAGGCAAGUUUGAGGGCCCAAUUCAAAAGAAAGACAGUUGACAUCAGCGAAGAACAGCUAGGAAAAGAGCUGAAGAAGAGGGGAUAUGUCUAUAGGAAGAAGAGGGUUGUUCUACAGCUAACUGAAGCUCAUAAAGAGCAGAGAAUGUCCUGGGCUAGGUCUUUGAUUGACUCAGAUAUCGCUUCAUGGAUCUUCAGUGAUGAGUGCUGUGUGCAUCUCUUUCGUAACUCUAAUUUGUCGUGGUGCAAAGAAGGGAUAAAUGCAACAAUUGAAGAGCCUAUCAAUUGAAAAACCUCAAUUAUGAUCUGGGGAGGAAAAUUUCUAUCGUUUUUGGCAAAAUGCUCUUCAUAA